AUGGGGCCACGCGGGCUCAGGGCUCGGGGAGGGGGGCGACGUGGUGGUGGGACCGACGGUGGAGGCAUCUCUGCAGCUUCUGAGCACCCUGCGCCCCUCUCCCUGCAGGUGGGGACCAACGGGGUCAUCUCCACCCAGGAUUUCCCCAGGGAGACCCAGUACGUGGAUGACGAUUUCCCCACAGACUUCCCCGUCGUCGCUCCCUUCCUGGCCGACCUGGACACCUCGGGUGACAGAGGGAACAUCUACUACCGGCAAGAUGACUCUCCGGCCGUGCUGGGCCAGGCUGCAGGGUACAUCCAGGCUGGCUUCCCCCGCACCGCCGGGGCCUUCAUGCCCACCAAUGCCUUCAUUGCCACCUGGGAGGACGUGGGCGCCUACCAGGAGCUCUCGCAGGAUGCCGAGCCCUCCAAGAAGCUCAACACCUUCCAGGCGGUCAUAGCCUACGAUGAUGAGGACACCUACGCCAUCUUCCUCUACCCCGACGGUGGCCUCCAGUUCUUGGGGACGCGACCCAAGGAGUCCUACAACGUCCAGCUGGAGCUGCCGGCCAGGGUGGGCUUCAGCUGGGGGGACGGCGACGACCCAAAGAGGGACGGGCUCUUCCACAGCCUGGCCAGCAGCGAGCAGGCUCUGAGACAACUGGAGAGGGAGAGCAACGUGGGGGUACCCGGCGUGUGGGUCUUCCACGUGGGCAGCGCGGAGCACGUGGAGCCGGGGGUACCCCCAGUCCCCAGUGUCCCCCAGAGCCCCCCACAUCGUGGACCUGGCACCGCUGACUAUACCCACCACGUGUCCACGCAGCUGCCGGCCCACCGCGGCUCGGAGGCCACCUCCUCGCGUCCCCACCAGCGGGGGAUUGUCCCCCAGGGGCUGCCACCCUCCCCGGGGCAGGAGCGGAGCCGCCGGCUGUACCCCGAUGGGGACGGGGGAGCCUGGCAGAGCUAUUCUGCCAACCCCUCUUCCUACAGCUCCGGCCACCACGGCGUCGGCGUGGAGGAAGACGUGCAUUUUAACCCCGAUGUGUUCACCUACAGCGCGGCCAGCAAGGAGACGUGUGCCCAGCACCAUGGGACAUGUUCUCCCCAUGCCUUCUGCACCGACUACGCCACCGGCUUCUGCUGCCACUGCCGGGCCACCUACUACGGCAACGGGCGGCAGUGCCUGCCCGAAGGGGCCGUGCAUCGCCUCAACGGGAAGGUGAGCGGGAGCCUGACGGUGGGACGGGCGUCCGUCCGCUUCCAGGAGGUGGACCUGCACGCCUACAUUGUGGGCAGCGACGGCAGAGCCUACACGGCCAUCAGCGGGGUGCCCCAACCCGCCACCCGGGCACUCCUGCCCCUCCUGCCCAUCGGAGGGCUCUUUGCCUGGCUCUUCGCCCUGGAGGAGCCCGGCUCUGAGAACGGCUUCAGCAUCACGGGCGCCGAAUUCACCCAGAGCCUGGAGGUGACCUUCUACCCUGGGGAGGAGAAGGUCCACAUCACUCAGACGGCCGAGGGCCUGGGGCCGGACAACUACUUAAGCCUGAAGACCCACAUCCAGGGCGAGGUGCCGUUUCUCCCAGAGAACGUCACCGUCCACAUCGGUCCCUACAAGGAGCUCUACCACUACUCCAGCUCAGCCGUGAUGUCCUCUGCUCACCGGGAGUACGUCCUGGCCGCCGGGACGGCCAACCAGACCUUGUCCUACCGCCUGCACCAGAACAUCUCCUUCACCGGUUGCCCGCACGCCCGCCCACCCGCCCGGCAGCAGCUCAGCGUGGCACGAGCCUUCGCCCUCUACGAUGGCCAGGAGCACGUCCUGCGCUACGCCCUGGCCGCCCGUGUUGGCUCAGCAUCAGAUGAUGUCCAGAACCCCUUGGUGAACCCGUGUCACGACGGCACGCACGCAUGCGAGGCGCCGGCGCGCUGCCAGCCCGGUGUGGGGACGGAGUACACCUGCGAGUGCGCCGCCGGCUACCGCCCCGACGGCCGGGGCUGCCGAGACGUGGACGAGUGCACGGAGGGUCUGAGCCGGUGCAGCCCCUUCACCCUCUGCCUCAACGUGCCGGGCAGCUACCGGUGCGAGUGCCGCAGCGGCUACCGGCCGGCGCAGGACGGGCAAGCGUGUGUGCCGCUGGCACCGCCGCCUGACCCCUGCGAGGACGGGAGGAACCCCUGCGCGCCGAGGGACCGGGCACGCUGCCUGCCCCGCGCCGGGGGACACCCUGCCUGCCAGUGUCUGCCCGGGUACAGCGGAGAUGGCAUCCACUGCGCCGACGUGGAUGAGUGUGCCGAAAACCCGUGCCACCCGGCUGCCACCUGCUACAACACUCCAGGCUCCUUCUCCUGCCGGUGCCAGCCAGGCUACGAGGGCGAUGGCUUCCAAUGCACGCACGCGGAAGGGGGCACGCAGCGGCUGACCCCCUGCCAGCACCAGCAGCUGUACCCCCGGGAGGUGCCACCGGGACCCUCGCCGGUGGGCGACGGGCAUGUGCCGCAGUGCGACGAGGAGGGUCAGUACCGGCCCCUGCAGUGCCACGGCAGCAGUGGGCACUGCUGGUGCGUGGACGCGGCGGGGCAGGAGAUCGCCGGCACACGGACGGCACCGGGCAGCACCCCACCACGCUGCGGGAACCCAGAAGCCAUCCAGCAGCUGACCCCCUGCGAACACGAGCGGCUGUACCCCCGGGCGGUGCCACCGGGACCCUCGCCGGUGGGCGAUGGGCACGUGCCCCAGUGCGACGAGGAGGGUCGGUACCGGCCCCUGCAGUGCCACGGCAGCAGUGGGCACUGCUGGUGCGUGGAUGCGGCGGGGCAGGAGAUCGCUGGCACACGGACGGCACCGGGCAGCACCCCGCCACGCUGCGGGAACCCAGGGGGCACGCAGCGGCUGACCCCCUGCCAGCACCAGCAGCUGUACCCCCGGGCGGUGCCACCGGGACCCUCGCUGGUGGGCGACGGGCAUGUGCCGCAGUGCGACGAGGAGGGUCAGUACCGGCCCCUGCAGUGCCACGGCAGCAGUGGGCACUGCUGGUGCGUGGACGCGGCGGGGCAGGAGAUCGCCGGCACACGGACGGCACCGGGCAGCACCCCACCACGCUGCGGGAACCCAGAAGCCAUCCAGCAGCUGACCCCCUGCGAACACGAGCGGCUGUACCCCCGGGCGGUGCCACCGGGACCCUCGCCGGUGGGCGACGGGCACGUGCCCCAGUGCGACGAGGAGGGUCGGUACCGGCCCCUGCAGUGCCACGGCAGCAGUGGGCACUGCUGGUGCGUGGACGCGGCGGGGCAGGAGAUCGCCGGCACACGGACGGCACCGGGCAGCACCCCACCACGCUGCGGGAACCCAGCACCCACGGAGCGUCCCCAGAGCAUGUGCGAGCGCUGGCGGCAGAGUUUGCUGGAGCACUACGGGGGCAGCCCCCGCCACGACCAGUACGUGCCGCAGUGCCAACCCGGGGGGGAGUUCACCCCCCUGCAGUGCCACGGGGACAGCGGGUACUGCUGGUGCGUGGACGAGAGCGGCAGGGAGAUCCAGGGCACCCGCUCGGAGCCUGGCACCACCCCACCGUGUCUCCCCAGCGUCGCGCCGCCCAGCGUCCGGCCGUCACCCCGCCCCGACGUGUCCCCACCGACGGCGGGGACCUUCCUGCUCUACGCUCAGGGACAACAAAUCGGGUACCUCCCGCUCAACGGCACGCGGCUGCAGAAGGAGGAGGCGAAGACCCUGCUCUCCCUGCACGGCUCCAUCGUGGUGGGGAUUGACUAUGACUGCCGGGAGAAGACCAUCUAUUGGACCGAUGUGGCCGGCCGGACCAUAAGCCGGGCGAGUCUGGAGCCAGGUGCUGAGCCAGAGACCAUUAUCAACUCAGGUCUCAUGAGCCCUGAAGGCCUAGCGGUGGACCACCUGCGCCGAGCCAUGUUCUGGACCGACAGCGGCCUGGAUAAGAUCGAGAGGGCCCGGCUGGACGGCUCUGAACGGAGGGUCCUCUUCGAUACGGAGCUCGUCAACCCCCGGGCCAUCGCGGUGGACCCCGUCCGAGGCAACCUUUACUGGACGGACUGGAAUCGCGAAGCCCCCAAAAUCGAAACUUCUACCGUCAACGGAGCCAACAGGAGGGUCCUGGUCAACAAGGACAUUGGUUUGCCCAACGGCCUGACGUUCGACCCCUUCUCCAAGCUCCUCUGUUGGGCAGAUGCAGGAACAAAGCACCUGGAGUGCACGUUCCCCGAUGGCACGGGCCGGCGUGUGGUACAGAACAACCUCAACUACCCCUUCAGCAUCAUCAGCUACGCCAACCACUUCUACCACACGGACUGGAGAAGGGAUGGUGUGAUAGCCAUCGAUAAAGAAACCGGCUCCUUCACCGAUGAGUAUCUUCCAGAGCAGCGAUCCCAUCUCUACGGAAUAACCGCGGUUUAUCCCUACUGCCCGGGAGCGAGGAAAUAGCAACUGCUAUUUCAAGAACCGACCAUGUUUGCACCCUAGAAGAACUUCAGAGACCCACAAAACUGUCACUGCAUACAACUAAAGGGGGGGAAAGCCCUUAACCAAAGCCAACAAAGUGACCUUCUUUCCUGCAAAAGAUUAGCAAGUAUUUUUUUUGAAGUUAUUACCUCAAGUCUUUACUACUGUAUUUUUUUUAAAAAGUGAAAAACGUUGAUAUAUAACAAAAAGAAAAUGGUCCUGUGAAUCUUAGGCCAUUACUCUAACUCUUGCUUAUGCAAGCAAAUUUAAAACGUCGCUUUCUUAUUCAAAUGUUUUAUUUUAUCAGAAGAAGAAUGGAUUCAUUUUUACUUAAAGUUUUUUGACAAUCUGACCCACGGGUCCUUUAUCUCCAAAACUAUAAGAGCCUACGGGGAGCUUUGGAUGCAGUUAUCUUGCUGGGUCUAAAUAAACCUCCAGCCCUGAAGACAGAGACUGUGUGUGCUCCAGAGUGUGCAGAACAGUGACGGGAGACGGCAAAGGCAUUGAGUUUCCUCCAGAAGACAAUCCUGUAUUUUCACCACUGCCUUCGAUGCAUGUCUUUUAGUAUUUAUAUUAGAAGAAUAUGCUAGAAUUGAUCUGUUCAUGCUUGUUGGUUCUUCUAAGUGCCUUCAUAGACCUACCCAGAGUAGACCAAUACAUGUUCAGAAAUGCCAUUUACGUUGUAAUGCUUCACUUUUUCUAGGUUACUUCAAUAAUUGAAUAAAAACGGUUGUUUUACGUUA